CCAACGCGUCUUCGGUAUGUCUGGUUCAGAUGUUGGAAGAAGCAAGCGAUUAUAUGAACGAAACUCAUACGCUACGUGAUUAGACAAACCAUUGGGGUGCAUACGAUUUAAGCCAACCCACGUGCCCUCAGCUAGCGUGCGGCUGAGACUUGCGGUUUAUUGCGUAUAUUUCUCUCCUACAUGCCUAAUGAUUGUCGAGCAACUACAUUAUGGGUACUAAUGCUGGUAUUGCGGUAAAAGAAUUCGGCUUCACGUUGUUAUCGAAUCCGGCGGAGCCUCAAGCUGAUGUCUUCUUCAUCCAUGGCCUUCAAGGCCACCCUCGAGGGACGUGGACAUACCCUCCAAACGUCUCGCGAACCGAUCAGUCACAAAGCCGCCGUCGCGGAUUCAGAGAGCGACUCAGUCAGGCGCUUAGAAGCCGUCCCGAACAAGUCGAUCGAGUCUCAAAGCAUCAGGUCUUCUGGCCGCAGGACCUGCUCUGUGAAAGCUAUUCAAAUCUACGGAUAUUUACGUAUGGCUACGACUCGCAUGUAACACAUUGGUUUAAAGGACCAGCGAUGCAAUUAGACAUACUUUCUCAUGGGGAGAGCCUGAUCUCUGGUCUAGCAGCGCGACGAGCAGAGGAUGCGGGGCGUCCCCUUCUCUUCGUCGUCCAUAGUCUUGGUGGAUUGGUUCUCAAGGAUGUACUGCGUCGUGCGCGAGGUUCCACUGAUCCUAGAUUCAAGGCCAUUUAUUCAGCAACAAAGGGGGUCAUUUUCUUCGGUACCCCCCACCGCGGAGGCAAUUACAUCAACAUUGGUCUCACUGCACAGAAGAUCGUGGCUUGCAGCGGCCUUGAUGCUUCUGAUAAGGUUCUUCGAGACCUGAAGUUCGACUCAAGUAUAGCUAAGAUGUUGAGUGAGGAGUUCACACAAUUCCUUGAUGAAAGAAGACCAAUAGUGUAUACGUUUCAAGAAGCAAGUGGGAUAUCUGGUUUUGGACCAUUAUCUGGAAAGGUCGUUGAUGACAUAUCAUCAUCGCUCGAGUACUCACUCCAGUUCAAGGAUCAUAUCUACGCUAAUCAUAUGGAUAUGUGCCGGUUCUCCGGACCCGAGGAUGUUGGCUACGAGAAAGUCAAUGCUGCAUUUGCGCACGUAUUGUCUGGUGGUAUACAAGCAACAUCGCAAGCGAGAGGUGUCUAUCAAAGAGUAUUAGAAAGCCUCUUCCUACCCGACCAUGAAGAAAGAUUAAACCAGGUCGAAAAGGCACACAAAGGUACUUUUGAAUGGCUCUAUCAAGACACCGUAUCAUUCGUCCAAUGGCUUCAGCGGGGCAACGGCAUAUUCUGGAUCAGUGGCAAACCUGCAUCAGGGAAGUCUACAUUGUUGAAGUUCGCCGUUUCGGACACAAGGACGUACGAGAGUUUACAUCGGAACAAUUCCGCAAAUCGUUGGAUCACUGGCGACUAUUUCUUCACAAAUCGUGGCAAACAAGAACAAAGAUGCGUAGAAGGUUUGCUGCAACGGAUCCUCUUCCAACUGCUGAGCCAAUCAAAAGAACUCUUGCCGUUUAUUGAGCGAAUAUUCUCCGAGCACGCUCAGCACCAUGGAUGGCUAUUAAUAUAUCUCGAAGAUGCCUUGAAGCUCAUUGUUCAGCAACGCAAGGUCCCUAUCAACAUAUGUCUUUUCAUCGAUGCACUGGACGAACAGAGCGAAGGAUACUAUGAGAAUCAUGCCACUCUCCUCAAUUAUCUCCGCCUUCUCACCGAAAGAGCCGAUGGCCGAGUUGUAAGGCUGCUCUUAUGCCUAACCAGUAGGCCGGAAACUAUUUUCGUUGAUUGCCUUCGAGGUUAUCCAGGAUUUCGGAUACACGAACAUACGCAGACCGAUAUCCACAUGUUCGUGAAUAAUCGACUGACAGAGUACUUACAUUCACGGCCGGACCUAGUGGCGAAUUCUAACAAUACGACAUAUUUCCAGACUCUGUGUGAACGCAUUUGUCGAAGGGCUGAGGGCGUAUUCCUUUGGGUCAAACUUAUUGUCGUUGACAUCAUUGAAGGUCUCAGGGAUGGUGAUGCGCCAAGUUCGCUGCAAAAAAAGCUGGACACACUGCCAGGAGACGGCGACCUUCAUCAACUAUAUACUGGAAUACUCCUAAGACUGACACCAAACUAUCUCCACGAGGCCUUUCUUAUGCUAUGGGUUGCUUACGCCGCGAACGAGCCAAUGCCUCUUGUCGAGUUCUUUCAAGCGAAGGGGCUAAUGACCUUGGGCGAAACGAACUAUGACUGGACUACUCCUCCAGUCCCACAAAUGGAGCUUCAACUACUGAGCCGUUGUCGAGGUUUUCUUGAGAUCCAGUACUCAUUCUCUAGAGAUGAACAAGGCCGAGAGUACUCUGGUCCUGUUGUCCAAUUCUUGCAUCAGUCUGUCAAGGACUUCCUUCGCGACUACGAUAGCUUCGACAAGAUUCGGCAAAGGCUCAAAGUCAGGUUUCCUACUUCCAAGGCAUUGGACGAAAACGGCCAUGCGUAUCUCCUCCGAUUUCGCGUAUCUCAACACUUUCGCAGAUAUGGACAUGUUCCCCACAAAAUCACUGCACUGAAAAGCUUUGAUCUCAGAAAAUUUGAUGUUCUUUAUCAUGCAUACAUGGCUGAGAUGACCCUCGAACGGCCAAUUUACGAGCCAUUGGAUGCACUUGCCCAAUUUGCGGACAGCUACAAUCUUACACCAUGCUAUUUACGGCACAAAGGCUGGAAUUGCCCGGACUCGUGGCAGCCCACAUUUCUUGUUCUCUGCGUUCAAGCCGGUCUUUGCAGAUAUGUCCAAUAUGCACUUGGAAACGGUGGGAGCCUCCACUGUUUCUCUGGACGACCCCUUCUACAUUAUGCAGUUUUUCCGAUGCCAGAGAGUCUAGGCCAAGCAAGGACAGAUCCGUUCCUGGCGACUUCAAAGAUGAUUAGGCUUCUCGUUGAUAAUGGCGCUGGUGUUGGUCAAGAAUUUGAGUCGCUCACUGCCCUGGGUUUUGCCUUCAAAGCAUUCUACGAUCGGAGAGCCUGCCUUGGAGGAAGCCAGCAUCUGAUCAUCGAGACUCUUCUUCGUGCUGGCGGAAGUCCUGAGAUACGACUUGAAGAACAAUUGCCUGCGCAAGGACGAGAUACUGCUACAAUCAGAGCUGUCAGUCCUCUCCAAGUGGCGGUUCACAAAGAUGAUCAGGGCACAGUGGAGUUACUGCUUAAGUAUGGCGCUGAGAUUAACUCCUUGGACGAGAAGGAUUGGGUCAAUCUGAGAAAGGGAUAUCUAUAUGGAGACGUAUGCCCCUUCACAAACAGUUAUAAGCAAGAAGAGUGGCUUCGAGAAAGAGAGCGUGCAAUUAUUGAGGGGAGAAAUAAAAAGCCUAUGCUACGCUUGAUCGAGAGACAUAUGAACAGGCCUAGUUGGAACAUGAGUCAGAGGAAACAACCCAACAAAUCUAUCGCACUGCCUCCCAUGGUACCACAGCUAACUGUCGAACCUGUAUUCGGAACGCAAAUUCCUGAUCAUAUGCAGAAGUGGAGGCCAGCCCCGGUAGUCCAUGAGAUAGACACGCAUGCCUCGUACGGGAGUGUCCGGAGGCUCAAUCCUAGUCCUAACCCAUACGCCCCGGUUCGAAGCUUACCGAAGCUAUACUACAACACGUCUGUUCCUCUUGUAACCGCCGGCCCACAAGAUCCCAACUGGACGACACCUAGCCCUCCCCCUGCUGGGUCUCACAAUUAUGGUCAAGCAUAUAGGACUGAUAUUCCGCAAUAUCGUCCUCCUCCCCUCCACCCGCAGAUCGUACCAAGAAAUUUGCCAGAUCGCUCAGCUCUGAAUAUUGACCGAAGACACCAACGCAAUACUGGAGUCAGUACAAGCAUCAACAUCACCUGCCGUUACGGCUCCCUUCGGCCGCUCCAAACCCUCCGUAUCCUCUUUGACGACAACUUCGCAUCGGUUUAUAAGGUGAAACGCGAGUUGCGAGACGAUAUAGCUCCUGAUGCGAUCUCACCUGAAAAAUGGCCCAAGGCUGAUGGACGGGCUGUGCUGGGUGGUCAGGGUUUUACAUAG